GGGGUCACACUAGGGUCCUGGUGUUGGUGAUAUGACGAUGAUGAAGACCUUCGAUUGUGAUGGUCACGAAACAAAAUCAUACGUCUUUACCCUUGCCUACUACUUGGUAGCACCUCCAGACUGACCUUUUUUACUUGAUCUUCCCUUCUCUUUCUUCCCCCAUCUCCAAGGAACACUUCUGCCUGGAUCCUGAAAGUAUAUACCUUACUUAUGAGAAACCCUGUCACCCCACGCUUCAGCACUUAGAGCAUGUGAAAGCACAGUCGAGAGUCUGGAAAUUCCAUUGGUUACAGACCCUAUCCAGCACAUCAGGCACCCCUGCGACCACUGCGCCACUGCAUUUCAGCAAGCAUGGCCGAGGCGCAUACUGCCCAGCCUGGUGGAGGCUUCAGCUCCAAUCGAGGCUCGAAUUCCCUGGCCACACCGCGUAACCAUUCUGGGAGACUGAUAUACGCGCGCCCUGAGGAUCUCCCUAGCUGCCCAUCUUCUGGCUUAAAAGAGAACGGCGCCGCCGCCAGUGCUGCUGCAUCUCUAGGAUGGGCGAACCAGAAGCCUGUCGAACCGUGGAGACCCUCGUCCUCGGCAUCCGCAUCCGCCGCUGCCGUCCUGGCCAAAGACUAUAAGAUGGCCCCGCUGUGGGAGCCCGAGAGCAGCUCUGCCGGCCACCUGGCUGCCAGAAUGGCUGCCGGCUCUGCUGUGAAGCCGGCCGCCCAGAGUCCGAAAUCCCCGCCAUCGGCAUGGGGCAACUCUGCCGCAAAUGCGGCUUUCAAGGCAGCCAAAGCGCCUCCACGGGUGGCACAGGAGGACACCAAGAAAAUCACCCGACAUGGGUCGCUGCAUGCUGCAAGAGCUUCGGCGUCGAGCCCUCGAACACGGUCCAAGUCGUCGCCCCAGGUGCCUGAGCCCAGCUACCCCGACCGAGCCAACGCCUCCGCCAAUGCUCUCAGUGCAGCCACCAUCGCCCACCGUGCUCCGGCACGGGAAGUCGGUGGCGCCGUUCCGUACACCACCAUGAAUCGACAGAUGUACACCUACAACCCGCCCGUGAAACCCGAAGUCGAUGAGCAGCAGCGCGCCGACGUGCUCCACGCCUCUGCCGUCGCCAUGGCAAAGCGCAUGUACGUCCAGCAGCAGAGGAUGAUCGACACGACCAAGCGCGGCGCUGAGAAGCAGCGCGCAUCCUCCUUUCCUCGCCACGGGACCGCCGGCUCUUCCGAACCCGCCGACGACCAGCCGCCGGCGCGCUUCCCCAACCUCCAAGAGGCCGCUUACCGCCUGGCGCAGGAGCGCCUCGCCAAGCUCCACGACGAACACCAGAAGGACCGCGAGUUCCAGGAGUACUACGGCACGCCGGCCACGUCUGUCCAGCGGGGCAAGUUCGGCUCCAUCCGCGGAAGGCUCACUAGGAAACGGUCUUCCAGCGAUGGCGAUCUUAUCGACGACCGCAAGAAGUCUGUGCAGAUUCGUCGGCAGAUGUCGGUGCUCAGUACAACCCUCUCCAAGGUAGACGAGCAGCAGCGUACGCGCGACCGGGCGGCGGUGCUCGCUGCCGCGCAGAGGAACGUCAGAGCCCAACUGGACAGCAUGGACCAGAAGAUGUACGCUGACACGGGGCGUGUCGCCCCGCGCAUGCUGACCGAGUGGGAGCUCAAGGCGCACACGGCGGCGCAGGACAGGUCCGAUGCGAGGAAGAGCGACAACUUCGGCAAGAUCGAUCUCGGCGCCGGGAAGUUCAUGGACAAGGAAGAGGUGGACGUCAUCGCGGCCCGGAACGUCCACCCAGUGAUCCUCGAUAUCGAACAGAGGGCCGAGGAGGAGCGCGAGAGGCGGGCGGCUGCGAAGCUGGAGGAGGAGCGCCGAAAGGAGGAUGCGGAGAGGGCGAAGCAGAGAGACCGGGAGAUCAAGGACAUCCAUAAGAAGCUCAAGGGUAAGUUCGACGCGGGCUAGAUCCCCAUCGUCUCCCGGAAUCCGCUAACAUGUGCUGUAGAUCAGGAAAAGGAUGAAGA